AUGGGUCCUCAUGAGGAUUCGUCACGGGAAAAGCAAGAGGGUAACCCAGGCGAGCCGGUAGAGAACCGCCCAGCACCACUAUCUAUCGAGGUUGGGACUUCGGGAGGUGGCCUUGUCGGCAACGGGCCAUCAGACACGAGCAACACGGUUGUCCCAGACCCCGAGUCGCUUCACCCGGUCUCGAGCGGCCCGGUCUACAGCGCUUUCUCAAAGCCGACGAAACGAUGGGUCAUCGCCAUGGCCGCUUGCGCGAGCUUUGUUUCGCCCAUGACAGCCAACAUCUACUUCCCGGCCCUGAACCCUAUCGCUGACGAUCUCGGCGUAUCGGUCAACCUCAUAAACCUGACCCUGACGACGUACAUGAUCUUCCAGGCCAUCGCCCCCACGAUCGUCGGCGACUUCGGCGACAUGGCCGGCAGGAGGCCUGCCUUUAUCAUCUCCUUCGCCAUCUACAUAUUUGCCAACCUUGGCCUUGCUCUCCAGAAGAAUUACGCUGCUCUGCUGGUACUGCGUAUGCUCCAGAGCGCUGGAAGCAGUGGUACUCUAUCGUUAUGCUUCGCCGUCGUGGCUGAUGUUGCGGUGAGCGCGGAAAGGGGGAAGUACAUGGGCAUCGUUGGGGCGGGUAUCAACGUCGGACCGGCGCUCAGCCCGGUGCUCGGUGGGAUUCUGGCCGAAUACCUAGGAUGGAGGGCUAUUUUCUGGUUCUGUCUCAUCUACGCUGCGGUGUGGCUCAUACCAUACACUCUGGCGGUGCCUGAGACGUGCAGAAAGGUGGUGGGAAACGGGUCUGUGCCGGCACAGGGGUGGAAUAUGACCGCCGUCGACUUUUUCCGUUGUCGUCACAGUCCACAGCACGCAGACACUUCGGUUGGGGCUCCCAAACGCGAGCUGCGCUUUCCCAACCCCCUCAAUACCCUAAAGGUGGUACUUCAGAAAGACCUGGCCCUUCUUCUGUCCUACAACACCAUGAUUUACCUCGUGUUCAUCCUCAUCGCUGCUACUUUGUCCACAGAGUUCGCAGACAUUUACCACCUCACCGAUUUGCAGAUCGGGUUGUGCUAUCUACCAUACGGGAUGGGGUGCUGCCUGGCGGCCAUCCUGCAGGGCUACAUCCUCGAUACCAACUACCGCAGGAUAGCCCACAACAUUGGGUUUACAAUCGACUACAAGCGGGGCGACGACCUACGGAAUUUCCCCAUCGAGAAAGCCCGACUCCUCCCCGUCUUCCCCAUGCUCUUCACAGGCAUUGCGGCAGUCAUCAGCUACGGCUGGGUUCUCCAUGCUGAGACCGUCUUAGCCGGCCCGCUGGUGUUGCUCUUUGUCGUCGGGCUCUGCAUCACCGGUUCGUUCGGCAUCCUCAACACGUUGCUGGUCGAUCUGUACCCCGAGGCCCCGGCGACAGCUAUAGCUGCUAAUAACCUGGUGCGGAGCUUCACCUACCCUAUCCGAACCCCAAUGGGCAAACACGUUUGGAUAGCAUGUUUGUUUGAUAAAGUGAUAUAA